CACCCCUAUAAUAAGAGAGGUAGAUGUAUAUAUAAUAAUAAAUAAUUAUAAAGACCCUCUAUAGCCCCGCAAUUAGCAGCCUAUAGAAAAAGUUGUUGAGGAUGUAGCAUGAAGGUGAUGGCUAGACUGAGUGUCUGCUGAAGUUUUAUUCGUUUUCCAGUCCCUUUUGUCGGUAUUGCGGGGUUGUGUAUAUUUUUCGAGAUUUUCGCUUCGGAUUAAGCUAUUGUUGUUGAAAUAAGAGAAAUUGAUGCUUGUGACUGUUAGGGUUAGCCGACUUGCGUUUUUCUAGACCCACUUUACCCACGAGUUCGCCGAAAAGGUUGCGUCUUUUUUUUAUUUGGAAUUCAGAAAGAAUUAGAAAAGACCAUAGAGUCAAAUCAUAAUAGCUUGAAAAGCAUAAAAGUAAAACAGGAUAAACUUCAUUUCUCGCGAACAUCAGUAGUAAUCGAGAUACUAAAUUAAACAAUCUUCAUAUAUUUUUGUUCUACUUACAUAGCAAAUCGAGUCUAUUUCUUGGGGGUGGUUUACAAGAAAACGGCAUACAUCAUUCGAUUCAGAAUUUUAUAAGGAUUUCAGAUAUGCUAUCCCGUUUCCCGGAUAACUCUUAGUUUUUGAGAAAAGAAUGGAAAACUGGUGUACGGUGAACGUAGUGCCUUUUCUUCUUUUCUGUCAUUUCUUCUUCGUUUGUGAAUAUAUUCUUUUUUCUUUGAUUUCUCUUAUUUUUAUAUAUUGACAGGAUGAACAGACAGAACGAGAAAGAAAAUAGCCAUAUAUACUUAGUAUUAAACACUGAUUUCUAUAGCUUGGUUUAAUGUUCAUUUACUCUUCGAAGCAAGAAAAUCUCUCUCACUAUGAAUUUAAUUCAUAACCCGUCAACUUCAAGAAUUCAAAUGUCAUGAAUUAGGCACUACGCAUUUCCAGUUUCAUGCGAAUCUCAAGCAUACAAGUUGGUCAUUCUGCUGAAGUAUUUUUCAAUAAAAGGCACCAAAGUUUAUUGACAUGUCGGACUGCCUAUAUUGUGUUGAAAUCACGCAAAAAAUAUACUUUUCGUUUUUAAUUGAGUAAGCUACCCAAUUAGUUGUGGAAAGAAGUGUUAAAUUUGAUGUCAGAUGUUGGUGACCAAUUCCGACACAACAUUUUUCGAUGACUUUUUCCAUUCUCUUUGGGCUUCAGCAACCUAGUCUUGCAAAUAAUCUUAAUUAAUGUCUUCUUUUGAAAAGAAAAUUCACAAAAAAGAUGAAAGAAACAAACUUUAACUAAAUCGCACAUACAGACGCUGAGUAUCUUCUUUGAGAAAAAAUAAUUUAUAUAGUGAUGAUUCUUGAGCUGAAAUCGUAUCUUUUAUAUUCCAAUUGAAAAAUAAUUUAGUAAUUGCAGUUGAUCCAUCUUGUCUCAAUGCUAUAUCAAGUAGUCUUAGGCGUAUACGUUUCUGUAAUAAUUGAAUAUUGAAAUUUCUCUUAUUUGUUGACAUAAAAAAGUCUUUUGUUGUUACGUCGUUGAAUUUAAGAACAAUUUCUGAAGACAAAGGCUGUUUCCCAUUCCUAAUCAUUCCCAUGUGUAGCAUGUACAACUUGUUUCAUUUGUUAAUUAUGUGUGUAAACUUAUGUUUGAGAUACGUGAUUGUAUAUAAAUUCGAUUGAUACAUUUAUACAUUUAAAAAUAAUUUAUUUAUUCAAUUUGAGUUAGAGAAAAAAUACAUAAUCGCAUAGAAAAAUCUUCUUAUAAGUCAGUAGCAGUUGAAAGACAUACUUUAUUCUACAUAAAAUUCAUGAAAGAAAAUAUUAUUCUGAAAGCUUCAGUUUAAAAUACAAACUGUUCAGUUACCAUGGUAAGUAAUCUUUUUUUAAUUCCGAAUGAUAAAACAUCAAGCUUUUUAACGGACUUGUGAAAUUUUCUAGCGAAUGAGGGAUAUUCCGAAUUCGCUUGUUGAUCACGAACAUGCAUAAAAAGUGGCCAUAUAACAGUUUAUGUGUCGCCAAGAGUGGCCUCUUUUCUUUCAUAUAUCUUUUUCAAUCGUCUUGCAAGCAUAUGCUUGCAAGACGAUUGAAAAAGAUUUAUGAAAGAAAAGAGACCGCUCUUAGCGACACAUAAACUGUUAUAUGGCCACUUUUUAUGCAUGUUCGUGGUCAACAAGCGAAUUCGGAAUAUCACUUAUUGUCUUAAGGGUAAUUGUUUACUUUCACUCAAAAUCUAUAUCGUGCUUCCGUCUCUCGCCUGAUAAAUCCGUUUGACAUUACCUCCAAUAAGUAGUGCUCAUUUGAAAAUAGAAAUGAAAAAAGUAUUUUUUGAGUAACUCUUUGACGGAGAUAAUUAGAGACAUUUACUUUUCACUGUUGGGUAGAGGGAUAUAUCGGAAGUAUAUUUAUUAUAAAAUCAGUCUUUUCAAUGAGGUUUACCAUGGUGUACCUUUCAAUACAAAGUCUGUGAGAGUCCUGUUUCCAGAAAAAAUAUAAUUCUGUAAUUCUUAUUACAUGGCUCCAAUCUUCAGAUUGUCCUCUUUCAAACUAGACUACACCCCGUCACAUUUGAUCGAAAAACAAACAUUGCUACGAGAUUCAGCAUGACCGAUAACCUAUAUUUCAUGUCUUGUCUAGAUCCCCAAACCAAAACUUUGAACGAUAGACAGGUCUUCGGAAAACUUCUAUAGCUACCGAACGAUACGUGACUAGCAGUAUGUUUUAUUCAAUCUAUUUGGAUAUGUAAUCUAUAUAUCUGUUCGCUUCUUCAUCGUGUUUGUAUAACGACAAUAUGUUUGAAUUAGAGAAACAAAAAGUAAGCCUUAACAGGUGUUUGUCGUAACAUUCGCUAUUUAAUCUGCUUAGAUUAUUUGCAAGACUAGGUUGCUGUAGCCCAAAGAGAAUGGAAAAAGUCAUCGAAAAAUGUUGUGUCGGAAUUGGUCACCAACAUCUGACAUCAAAUUUAAGACUUCUUUCCACAACUAAUUGGGUAGCUUACUCAAUUAAAAACGAAAAGUAUAUUUUUUUGCGUGAUUUCAGCACAAUAUAAGCAGUCCGACAUGUCAAUAAGCUUUGGUGCCUUUUAUUGAAAAAUACUUCAGCAGAAUGACCAACUUGUACGCUUGAGGUUCGCAUGAAACUGGAAAUGCGUAGUGCCUAAUUCAUGACAUGUGAAUUCUUGAAGUUGACGGGUUAUGAAUUAAAUUCAUAGUGAGAGAGAUUUUCUUGCUUCGAAGAGUAAAUGAACAUUAAACCAAGCUAUAGAAAUCAGUGUUUAACACUAAGUAUAUAUGGCUAUUUUCUUUCUCGUUCUGUCUGUUCAUCCUGUCAAUAUAUAAAAAUAAGAGAAAUCAAAGAAAAAAGAAUAUAUUCACAAACGAAGAAGAAAUGGCAGAAAAGAAGAAAAGGCGCUACGUUCAACGUAAACUAGUUUUUCAUUCUUUUCUCAAAAACUAAGAGUUAUCCAGGAAAUGGGAUAGCAUACCUGAAAUCCUUAUAAAAUUCUGAAUCGAAAGAUGUAUGCCGUUUUCUUGUAAACCACCCCCAGGAAAUAGACUCAAUUUGCAAUGAUUCAAUCCAAUUUCUUUCAACUUAAUAUCGUAACUUUAUGCUAUUGUUGUUUCAUUGGUAAUGAUCUAACUCCUCAAAUAAAACGCAAUAAUUUCAAAUAUUACUUAUUUUGAAACAUUCUGCUCCUAUUAUCGAUGUCACAUCUUAUUUUUGUUUUUAAAAUGUUAGUUGAUUCAAUGAGAAAAGUGAAAAAUUAACAUAAAUUAUUGCUGAAUAAGUGUCAAUGUGGAUUUUACUCCCAUCUUUCGCCGCUAUCGACAACAACAAUCUAUGUUUUGCAGAUCUGUUGUGUUACGAAAUAAUUCUUCAAAAUUUCAUAUUUCGAUAGUUUUGUUUAUUUGGAUAAAAUUAAAAAUUUUUUAAUAGUGAAGCAAUUUAUUCUGUUUUCGUUCUUACAAUAACAUGCUGAUAAAGAGUGACAUCAUCAUUAUGCUUGAGACCUCCAUGUAAUUUAUUGAUAGCGCAGUUGAGUACGGUAAUUCGUGGAAGGAAAAACCUACUUGCAUGAUUACUCAUUGUUUUCUGUUCUUUACGUACUUUUUUAUUAAUAUUACUGAUGCAUCACUUAACUGUCUGGAUUAGUAAUCAAUUAUGACAUCGGUAACUACAUUGACCAACGAAAAGGCAAUACCUGAAAGCAGCAUUGAUAUGCCUGUACUUCGAGUAAGAUCAUAUUAUAAUUGUGAACUAAUCGUAAUAAAAUAUUCAUCAAGGAUAUGAUCAAUGAUUUGCAUGAAUCGAUUCCAUCAUGUCCCCACCCAAUCAAUACUAGUGUGUCAUUCUUUUAUCAUUUUCUAUUUAUUAUAUUCAAUUAUGCACCGUUCCAAUAGGUCUGCUUGCUGAAGAUUUUCUUAUUAACAAAGCUCUUGCUCUAUCACAAAUAUCUGAACUUGCUCUAUCCACUGAAGAGAUCAGCAAACCUGACAAUGUUGAUACAUCAACUGUAAAUAUAUCUGAUACACUUUUGGAUGCUAUCAUCUCAUCUGGUAAACGUUUUUCAAUUGCAUUAAAUGGUGUCAAUUCUUCAAAUAAUAUCGAAUCUGAAGAACAGCUUAUUAAUAGAAGAAGUAUCGAACAUUCAUUUUUACAAAAAGUUGAUGAUGUGCAAUCAGGCGUAGUCUCAUCAUCAGGUACAUAG